ACCGUUUGAGCACAGUAGUGAUUUACCGGACGUUUGAGGACAUGAUUCUGGCGCAACGUGUGGAUCCAUUCGGUUACGGAAUUAUGGUAGAUGUGUUUUGUGCUUAAAGAGACGGGUUCACAGUCACAAAGUUAGUGUAGUGACUGCAAUUUGUCACGCCACUCACGGAGCGCAGAACGCACGCUGUGAGCUUUAAGUCGGGAUUCAUUCAAGGGAUCGCAGGACGGUUGUCUAUCUCCAGAGUCCUCGGCUUUUGGAGUUCGUCCGCGACGUGAUCGAUUGCGGUUGUGCUGUUUAGAUUAAGGUUGCUCGCAAUGGCACCACAGACCGCACCAACCAAGAAGGCGCUCAUCACCGGAAUCACUGGCCAGGAUGGCUCUUACCUGACCGAGUUCUUGCUGAACAAAGGCUACGAGGUGCAUGGCAUCAUCAGAAGGUCCUCCAACUUCAACACGCAGCGACUGGAGCACAUCUACAUUGACCCCCAUCAAUCCAGCUCCCGAAUGAAACUGCACUAUGGGGAUCUAUCAGAUGCGUCCGCAUUGCGCAAGUGGGUGGACUCCAUCUGCCCGGACGAGGUUUACAACCUCGGAGCUCAGUCCCACGUAGGCGUGUCGUUCGAGAAUCCGGACUACACCGCAGAUGUGGUGGGCACGGGCACUCUGAGGCUGCUGGAAGCCAUUCGAAUCCACAUUCAGGCCACUGGCAGACUGGUGAAGUACUACCAGGCCGGAUCUUCCGAGAUGUACGGUGCCACUCCUCCGCCCCAAGACGAGACCACGGUGUUCCACCCACGCAGCCCUUACGCCGUCGCGAAGGUUGCAGGGCAUUUCUACACCGUGAACUACCGCGAGGCGUAUGGCAUGUUUGCGUGCAAUGGCAUUCUGUUCAACCACGAGUCGCCCCGCAGAGGCGAGAACUUCGUAACCAGGAAGAUUACGAGAGCUAUCGGGCGCAUCAAGGUGGGGCUACAGAAGAAACUGUAUCUGGGCAACCUGAAGGCGUCGCGCGACUGGGGGUUCGCAGGGGACUACGUUGAGGGAAUGUGGCUGAUGCUGCAGCAAGACAAGCCCGACGACUACGUGCUGGCCACAGAAGACUCGCACACUGUGGAGGAGUUUCUGGAGGAGGCGUUCGGCUGCGUUGGGCUGAACUGGAAGGACUAUGUUGAGAUCGACCCCAGGUACUUCCGGCCUUCGGAGGUGGACAAUCUACGAGGCAGUGCGAAGAAGGCGAAGGAGGUGUUGGGGUGGGAGCCGAAGGUGCAGUUUAAGAAGCUUGUGGCAAUGAUGAUGGACAGCGAUUUGGAGAAGGCGAAGCGCGAGAAGGUGCUGGUGGACGCCGGCUUCAUGGACUCACACCAGCAGCCUUGAAAGCUCCCGCAGGCAUUGUGGUGGAGCUUGUGGGGUACUGCGAGUAGUUUUUAUAAUUUUUAUUUUAUUCUUUUAUGAAGAUUUUUGAUACAAAAAAAAAUAAAAAGUAAGAAUUGUGUAUAAAUUUGAUUGAUUAUUUUUUAUAAAA